UUGAAUCUCACUAGACGACCUUGAGGCAUGAGGUGCAGGCGUUAGACCACAAACUCUCUGCCACAGGAUCAACAUGGGAAGUCUAAUACUAUGUAGGCGCUUUUUCGAAGCCUGCAGGCAUAAGAUCACCCAAACAAAUAAUUUCGGGUGCAUGAUAACUUCGUCGGCAUAUGGAUAUUUACCGAGAUCUAGUUUUAUUCAUGAUCACAGGCAAUACUUCUCCAUGGUCAACGGGCCUGCCAUGCAUAAAAAGGCUUUCCUCAUUAAGAACUUAUCUAUUCCCAUGGUGUCUAGGAGCACAGCCGCUAAUUCCAGUAAUGGUAAAACUGAAAAUGACAUCGAUCAAAAGAAAACCAGCCUAGUCAAACGCUUCAAAGAUGCAUACGCAAUCUACGGAAAAGUUGUACUUAUAACGCAUGGUGUCACUUCUUGUUUAUGGUUUGGGGGAUUUUAUGCACUGGCUAGCAGUGGAAUCAACCUACUGGAUAUUUUGGAUAGUUUCAAUGCACCUGAAUGGUUACGUAAACCUCUACACCUUGGUGGUGGAGCCAUGAAUACUCUUGCAACAGCCUUAGUAUUCUAUAAACUAGCAGCACCAUUGCGUUACGGCCUCACGCUCAUAUUAACCAGAUAUCUGGUACGUUAUCUUCGCCUGACAGGCAAAGCACCACAAGUGCAAGAAAGUGAUCGCCUACGUAAUUUAGCAAAAGAAGGAGCACAAAUUUCACGUGAACGAAUAAAAGCACGUAUGGCUAAAAGUAGAAGAUAUCUGUUAGCAAGAAAAAAUAAACGAUAAUAAUAGUAAUAACUGGUUAUGUGAUAAAGUGCAUUAUUUCUUUAUACUGUAUAUUGAACUCUUUUUUAUACUUAUUACGAAAAUAUAGAACACUAGCUUGAGUAAA